AUGCAUCAAGAACCGAAUUCCAUCAGUAUGCACCCAGACAUACCUCCCACGCAACCCAUCGUGGACCCCGAGACAGGAAAGAGGCCUUCAGAGCCACCUACGCCGAAGCAGUCGACUAAGCAAUCGACUCUAUCGCCGGGUCAGUCGACAAAGCACUCUGCGAAUCCGUCGACAAAGCAACUCGGGAACCAGUCGGCGAAGCAAUCGAUCAACUUGUCAACAAAGCACACCACAGCAAGCCUCAAUGACACUGCCUUCACACCACUGUCUAUGCGAGCACUGUACUACACCCCAGAAGGCGCAAACAGUGACAUCCCCGAUGGCAUCCCUGAAGGGGACAUCAACGACGCUAUCUCCCCGAGCACAAGCACCAACAUCAUCCGGAAGAAAGGGACAAACCUCGUCUUCGACGCGAGUUUUCCAACACCGCAGCCCUCGCCUCAGCAGUAUCUGCUGAAGGUCCACACUGCAGCCUUCUGCCACGAUGAGAUCCGUCUCGCCACAGCCCUCAACCCACCCAUUAGCUCUCCGCAGAUCCCACUGCACAGCCUCUGCGGUACCGUAGUCAGCACGCCCCGUGAAGACGACGACACGGAAGAAGGUCCACGGUUCAAGAUCGGAGAUCAAGUCUUCGGUCUCGUGAGCUAUACUCGCGACGGCGGUGCCGCUGAAUACACCCUUGCGACUGAGAAGGAGAUGGCGCCCAAGCCGGACAACAUCUCUAUCUCUGAGGCUGCGGCAAUAGCCCUGCCUGCUUUGACGGCUUGGCAGGCGCUGUUCCGGUACGCGGGACUUGAUCCCGAUGUGCCGGGUGGGUUGAAUGAAGACGAUGAGGAGUUCGGGCAAGGUGGCAACGGUACUGGACGGUGGCAAUGGCAGCGCAAGCGGCGGGAUACUGUUCUUGGAAGCAUGGACUAUGGAUACGGGCAUCGCAAGAGCACGAUCGGGGCAGGCAUGAGUGGAAGGAGCAGUCGUAAAAGCCCCGGUGAUGUUGACAGUGGAAUGGAACAGCGCAGCGGCACGGCCAACGACAAUGCCAGUGGGAGCACUGGUGACCAAAGCGGGCAUUGGAUCUGGCAUUGGAACCGUCGCGAUACCAUCCUCAACGACAAGGCAAGCGGUACCAGCUCUGGUGCUGGCACUUUGAAUAUCGACGACUUGCCUCGUGCAGCUAGCAAGGUCGAGCCAGACACUGCUCCAAACCCCAGUGCCAAAGCCAACGGCAAUGUGCGCAGAGAAAGCCUCGCAAGUCUCGUCAGCGGUACUCCAAAGGCUACAGGCAAAGCUCCACGUGCAGCCAGCACCAUCGACCCGCAUCCGAAGAACAGCGUCCGCCGCGCCAGCCUCAUCAACCUGGUCCGCGGCAAUCCCAAAAACGAGUCUGGCGCAGGUAGUUCGGCAGGCUCGGGGACUAGUACGACCAGCACGAGACGCGGUAGUCUGCUCAACCUCAUGGACAAGAAUGGUCGUCUGGGAAGUCUCGUGAACAACACGAAUCCCAACACUGAAGAAAGCAAAGGAAAGCUUCCCAAGAUCCGAGUCCUCGUCACCAAUGCCCGAGACAGUGAAAUCGGCCGCAUUUCCGUCCAAAUACUACGUGCAGAAACCCUCUUCCCAGAUCAGGUCCGGCCCUGGAUCUGUGUGACAUGCACGCCCACCGAGGCUGAUAUCAUCGAGAGGGAUUGGAAGGUUGACGAAAUCAUCGUGAUUCCUCAUCUCCCCUCUGCGGAUGAAUGCAAUAUAUCAAAGGUGUUCCGCGCGCGGCGCUGGCACCCCGUUGAUAUUGUGUUGGACUGUGCUGGUGGCGAGGUAUUCCGACAGGCUCAUGCGGCCGGUGUGGUGAAAGACCAUGGGGCUGUGCUGACGGUUGUGGACUCCAAGGUUGCAAUGCAGUCGCCGCUUACUCCUGAGAAUGAUGAGCUUGGGGAGAGGAAGAGGGGGAUUCGAAGUCGGUUUGUCCCUGUGAAUCCGGACGGGCCGGCAAUUGAAAGGAUUGGAGAAAUGAUUGAAGAGAAUCUUGUUCGGGCUAAGCAAGCCCGGAUUGUGGAUAUGGCGAGAGGCGCGGAUCUUUUGGCGGCUGGUGCUGCUGGAACUGCUGGGGGUUUACGAGGGGAUAUGGUUGUUGUCAAGGUUCAAUAG